GUAGCCGGCGACACCGCUCGCUCCAUCGGUACGCGAUCAUGACACUAAAACAGUUCGCUUCCACACGAAUAAGUUCGAAUUGAGUUUGUUAAAAAAUACAUUUAUUUAAAUACACGGUUCGAUAAAUUAAAAUUAAAUAAUUUAGCUUAAAAACUUUCUUUGUUUUAAAUUGACCGCGAAAGUUUUAGUGAUGGGUUCGUUCAGUCAAUCGAAACGGUUGAAAAAUCUGCAAAAUUUAAAAAGUGGCGCCAUUAAGUUGCCGAGGCAUUGGUCUAAAAUGCUUGGGCUGGUUAAUGUCAGCAAGGCUUCAGCGGAGGAGAUUUUACAAGCAGCAGAGAGUGGCAAUGUGGAGGACUUUAUGCGCCUGUACCUGAGCGAGCCAUCGCGGCUGGCAGUAAGGGACGGUCGUGGUCGCACCGCAGCGCAUCAAGCAGCAGCUAGAAACAACACCAAUAUAUUGCACUUUAUCAAUAACUACGGGGGAGAUUUGAACGCUAAGGACAACUUUGGUAACACCCCACUGCAUAUCGCUGUUGAAAACAUUGCGUUGGAUGCUAUCGAGUUCUUGCUUCAACAUCGCGUCGAUACCAGCAUUUUGAACGACAAGAGUCAAGGUGCUCUUCAUCUAGCUACUGAGUUGAAUAGGGUUUCAGUCCUUCAAACAUUCGCGAAGUAUAAAGACCAAUUCAAUGUAGAGCUUGGUGGCGAGCACGGUCGCACGGCGCUUCAUUUUGCUGCUAUACACGACCAUGACAUCUGUGCCAAGAUACUGAUAACAGACUUAGGCGCUGAAUGCAAGAGAGCUUGUAACAACGGGUACUAUCCCAUCCACGAGGCCGCUAAGAACGCGUCCUCGCGGACUAUGGAAGUAUUCCUCCAGUGGGGAGAGUCUAAAGGUUGCACCAGAGAAUCAAUGAUAUCCUUGUACGAUAAUGAGGGCAAUGUGCCCCUGCACUCCGCCGUGCAUGGAGGAGACAUCAAAGCCGUCGAACUUUGCCUGAAAUCCGGAGCAAAGAUAUCUACACAGCAGUAUGAUCUGUCUACACCAGUCCAUCUGGCUUGUGCUCAGGGUGCCCUUGAGAUAGUGAAGCUCAUGUUUACCAUGCAGCCAACAGAGAAGCUUGCUUGCCUAACAUCCUGCGAUGUACAGAAGAUGACUCCGGUGCACUGCGCUGCGAUGUUCGACCACCCUGACAUCGUAAACUAUUUGAUUAGUGAGGGUUCUGACAUCAACCCUCUGGAUAAGGAGCGCAGGUCACCGCUGCUGUUAGCUGCUUCCAGGGCCGGUUGGAGGACCGUACAAACCCUGAUUCGUCUGGGCGCUGACAUCGAGCUCAAGGAUAUAAACUCCAGGAACGUGCUCCAUCUUGUCGUGAUGAACGGAGGCAGACUCGAAGAGUUCGCAGCUACGUGCAAGUCCACGUUACAGAAUCGCUGUGAGAAGAGUCUCGCACAGCUUCUGAAUGAAAAGGACAGCGCUGGCUGCUCACCACUUCACUACGCCAGCCGCGAAGGUCACAUCAGGUCCCUGGAGAACCUCAUUCGUCUUGGUGCUUGCAUCAACUUGAAGAACAACAACAAUGAGAGUCCCUUGCACUUUGCUGCCAGAUAUGGGCGCUACCACACCGCUUGCCAGCUGCUUGACUCUGACAAAGGAACGUUCAUCAUCAACGAGAGUGAUGGCGAGGGGCUGACACCGCUCCACAUCGCCUCUCGUGAAGGUCACACGAGAGUCGUGCAUUUACUGCUGAACCGUGGUGCAUUGCUGCACCGAGACCACAAUGGACGCAAUCCAUUGCACCUGGCCGCUAUGUCUGGAUACACCCAGACGAUUGAACUGCUACAUUCCGUACAUUCCCAUCUGCUGGACCAGUCUGAUAAAGAUGGGAACACCCCAUUGCAUCUGGCUACUAUGGAAAACAAGCCUAACUCCAUAGCUCUUCUCCUGUCCAUGGGUUGCCGUCUGAGUUAUAACAACCUGGAUAUGAGCGCCAUUGACUACGCUAUCUACUACAAGUUCCCAGAGGCGGCUCUCGCUAUGGUCACCCACGAGCACCGGGCUAAGGAGGUGAUGGCGUUGCGUUCUGAUCGUCAUCCUUGCGUGACUCUCGCCCUCAUUGCUUAUAUGCCUCGAGUCUUCGAAGCUGUGCAGGACAAAUGCAUCACCAAGGCUAACUGCAAGAAGGACUCCAAAAGCUUCUAUAUUAAGUAUUCUUUCAAAUUCUACCAACGGUCGAAGCUUGAAGUCGACGCAUUAAGACUGGCCCUUAAUGACCCCAAGUAUCGGCCAGAACCGUUGUGUGUUAUCAACGCUAUGGUUGCUCACGGACGGGUAGAGUUGUUGGCCCAUCCAUUGAGUCAGAAAUAUCUGCAAAUGAAAUGGCACAGCUACGGCAAAUACUUUCACCUGGCGAACCUUUUGUUCUAUUGCAUCUUCUUGAUCUUUGUAACCGUGUACACGUAUUUACUGAUGGGUAACUCCGAAAAUUAUGGACCGACAAAGAAAGCUGCCAAAUGUAACGUAUCUGACCCCAUGAGCUUUGACCGUGAGAACAAAACCGAAAAAAAUAUUGUUUUUAAUCCUGAUUUUGAGUCGAAAGUGGCAAUGUAUACAAGUACGGUGGCUAUAUUAGCGUAUAACGCCAUAUGUUUGAUAAGAGAGGCAUACAACGUUAAACAGCAAAAAUGGCAUUACCUGGUGGACCCAUCCAACUUGGUAUCCUGGCUCCUGUACAUUAGCUCGACUCUGAUGGUUAUCCCGACAAUAUGCAAAUAUUUUGACGAGAUUCAGUUCUCGGCUGCGUCAAUAACUGUAUUUCUGUCGUGGUUUGAGCUGCUUCUGCUACUCCAACGGUUUGAUCAAGUUGGAAUCUAUGUUGUCAUGUUCCUCGAAAUACUUCAGACCCUGAUAAAAGUAUUGAUGGUGUUUUCAAUCCUGAUCAUCGCAUUCGGAAUGGCGUUUUAUAUUCUCCUGUCUAAAGUGGGUCCUGACGAGACGGGACACCACUUGUCGUUUAAUAGCAUACCAAUGUCUCUCAUGAGGACUUUUGCAAUGAUGCUUGGAGAAUUGGACUUCGUCGGCACUUACGUUCAGCCCUAUUACAAAUCUGAGACAGAUAUUCUGCUGCCGUUCCCAAUGCCUACGUUUUUCAUACUCGGUAUAUUCAUGGUCCUGAUGCCCAUUUUGCUGAUGAACUUGCUGAUCGGUUUGGCUGUAGGAGACAUUGAGAGUGUGAGGCGCAAUGCCCAGUUGAAACGGCUGGCCAUGCAGGUCGUUCUUCACACUGAACUUGAACGCAAACUACCAGCCAUACUUCUGGAAAAAGUGGACAAAGAUGAACUGAUUGAAUACCCGAACAACAAAAAAUGCAAACUCGGCUUCUUGGACCUAAUCCUUCGCAAAUGGUUCUGCAACCCCUUCACUGAUGAUGCUGGCCUUGACUUGGUGCUGGAAAGCAGUGAGGAUUACAUAACUGCUGAACUGGAGAAGCAGAAACGUAAAUUACGUGACAUAUCAAUGGUACUGGAGCAACAGCAUACGCUUGUGCGUCUGAUUGUGCAGAAAAUGGAAAUCAAGACCGAAGCUGAUGAUGUGGACGAAGGCGUUUCUCCCGGUGAUACUCGAGUGAUCCCUCGCUGGAGCUCACCGAGGAUCCGCAAGAAGCUGCGCACUGCUUCUUCUUUCAACAAAGGUGGCUAGACAUCACGAUCAAACCCAUUGCACUAUAGGUAUACUAAAUUUGUAAAGUCUAAGAUCUCACGACAAGGUUUUUGCUCUUAACAAGACCACGGCAAGAAUUUGCUGUUAACAACGACCCAAAAUACAAAUUGACUGAUCCUUGAUUUUCCGCCUGUUCUUGUCAUUUACCAUCAAGACGAUAACUGCAAAAACCGUGUAAUUGGAUCUUAAACUAUUAUCUAUUAAUCCAUUAUUGUAAGUUACACUUAUGUUCUUAUUUAUUGCUAUUUUUAUAUUCACUGUUUCUAAUACUUCUUGGGUUAGUACUUAAAUAUUUAUGUCCCUAUCUAAAAACUAAACGUUAGCUAAGAAUAAUAUGAUAUCAAAAAUGAAUUAGUGUCUCGAAUUUAUUGUUGUAGUUUCAAAAUAAUAUUACACGUAAGAUUGAAUGUCAGUAGUUCCAUAUUCUAUAUGUUAUUAUUAUCAUACUUGAUUGACAGCUUAUAACCUUUUGUUAUUAAACUGGUUCUUGAAAGAUAUUGACAUUACGUCAAAAUCAAAAUAUAUUCUGUCCUGCAGCUGUAGCCAAAUGCCAUUUAGCGCUUGUCUACUUGUAGAAUAGAAAACCAAAUUAUAUUGAAUUGACGUAAAUUUUGACACUUGUUAGUGUCAUCCCCAUACAUUUAGUUAUCUACUCUACAAGUAGACAAGCGCUAAAGUGGCUUUUGGCUAGAGGCUCUGUGAUUGGUUGACUGUCUUUUGGUCAACUGAUCAUAUUAGUUCAUGUUGAUGACAGCAAAUUCAGUUGACAAACGUUACAAAUAGUCAAAAUUCCAUGUAUUUUCUAUUACAAACAAUUAUAGACACUUAUUUCAACAAGAUCUUAUUUUACAAGCUUUCCUUUUUCAGUUUAGAAUUCUUUUUCUGUUUUUUUUUAUUGCUAUAAAACCCCAUAGCCUUUUUUUAGGGCUGUCACCGACUUAGCUCUAAAAUUAAAUUAUCAUUACUUAUAAAUGUUUCGGAAAUAAGAUUUUAUGCUAGCAUAUGUAGCUGUAAAAGCGAUUAGCGCAUAAUUUUUUCGGCCUACCUACAUAAAGCGUUGGUCCGAUGAUAAUGGUUAGGAUAUAUUAAAUUACAUUAUAUUAUAUGACAUUAUAAUAUGGCACACGCCCAAUCGAUGUAAUUUAGAAAGAUAAUAUCAUAAAUGUUAGAUAAGAACUAUUAUUAUAACCGUUUUAAAGUACUUAUAUAUAAUUACGAUCUACCCAAUAAGUGUAAUAAUCAUUAUAUUAUACUAUAUCCAUAACUUAUAGAUAGUUUCAUAACUUAAGUAGAUGUUCUUACAUCCACGUAUUUUACAAUAAUUCCGAUGUUAGUAGGUAUAUAUAUAUAUACA